AUGGCUCAUUAUAAAUUACGUUAUAUAAAAUAUAAAUUACCAAAAUUAAUUACUUAUUUACAUUUGAUUAUCAUUGAGGCAGAUGAGAUUGCAUUAAAAAGUGGUAGAAAACCACCAAAAUGUUCAUUAGAAGCACCACCAUCCAAUGAAACUACUUUGUUAAUUAUUGGUGGAGGUGCUGCUGGAAAUGCAGCUGCAGAAAAAGCUCGUAAUGAUGGAUUCACCGGUAAAAUUAUCAUAGUAAGCCGUGAAAGUUAUCUUCCAAUAGAUAGACCAAAAUUAAGUAAAGCACUUGGAAUGAAUGUUGAGAAAAUAGCUCUUCGAAGUAAAUCAUUUUAUGAUGAUUUAUUUAUUUCACUUAAAUUAGGAACUAGUGCAACUGCAUUGGAUCCCGUCUCAAAAAUUGUUACUCUUGAUAAUAAUGAAAAAAUAAAAUAUGAUAGUUUGAUUAUUGCCACUGGUGCAUCACCACGUGCUAUUCCAAUCCCAGGAAUUAACCUUCAAAAUAUAUUCUAUCUAAGAGCUUUUGAUGAUCAUAAAAACAUUGAUAAUGCCAUUGGUAAAGAAGAAAAGAAAAAUUUAGUUGUUAUUGGAUCAUCUUUUAUUGGUAUGGAAGUUGCGUCAAUCGCUGCUAAAAGAGCUAAUGUGUCAGUUAUUGGAAUGGAAAAGGUUCCAUUUGAAAGAGUACUUGGUCUUGAGAUUGGUGGAGCUUUAAAAAAAUUACAUGAAAAAAAUGGCAUUAAAUUUUAUCUAGAGACUGGUGUUAAUUCAAUUGAAGCUUCUGAAUCUGACCCCACAAAAUGUUCUGCGGUUGUUUUAAAAGAUGGAACCAAAAUCCCUGCUGAUAUUGUUGUAGUUGGUGCUGGUGUUGUGCCUGAAACUGGAUUUUUGAAGGGUACACCAGGAAUUACAUUGGAAAGAGAUGGUAGUAUUAAAGUUGCAGAAAAUUUCAAGGUGGAGGGUCUAGAUGAUGUAUAUGCAGUUGGUGAUAUUGCAAGAUUCCCUUAUCACGAAACUGGUGAAACUAUUCGAAUAGAACAUUGGACAUUUGCUGAAAAUACAGGAAGAGCAGCUGCAAGUGAAAUUGUCAUCAAAAAUCAAAAACCAUUUAAAAAAUUGCCAUAUUUUUGGAGUGCUCAACAUGGUAAAAGUUUUAGGUAUGCAGGUUACGCUAGUAGUUUCGACGAUGUUAUUAUAGAUGGUAGUUUGGAUGAAUUGAAGUUUGCUGCUUAUUAUGCACGAGGAGAAAAAAUAUUGGCAGUAGCUACAAUUGGUAAAGAUCCUAUUGCUUCACAUAGUAUUGAAUUGACUUGGAAAAUUCCCAACUGCUACUGA